ACGCGAAAAUGAACCCUAAGGUUUGGGCACCCUCCGAUAUGCCCUACAUUCACAGUUUCGCGUGAUAACCUCAAAAAUUUGAGUUUUUGAGAGGAAAAGACAAUGUUUUUGUGUGAUACCACUAUUUUCCUGUAUUUACAGUGUAUAUUUCAGUGAUAUUUGUAUUUAUUUCAUGUCAAUAGCUUAUCGAGUCAGUGUAUGGGUGUAAAAGUUUUCGGUGAAAAUCCUAUAGAGUUUUCGGAGGUGAUUUUCGUGUCACCCGGUCAAAUAGCGUAAGAAUGGGGCGUGCUGUGCGCGUAUUAUUGCACGGUUAUUUAUGAUAUUGCACCGUGAAAUUGCCGUGACGUAAAUGUGUUACGACUGUGGGCCCGAAUAGCGAUGAGCCACGUGGGAACAGACGAUAGCAUGAGUGAUGACGUGUUUGAAGAUGACACUCUCCGCGCGCCCACCAUUAGGAGCACGCCCUCCCCCACGGGCUACAGGGACUACCGACCUGAGUCGCCAGCACGGACUGUCAUUGACGAUGACAUGCCUAUACACAAGACGAUUCUCCUCGGUGACAGCGGCGUAGGAAAGACGUCGCUGCUCGUGCAGUUUGAGACCGGGAAAUUCCAACCUGGCAACUUCUCUGCAACCGUCGGCAUCGGCUUCACGAACAAAGUAGUGACCGUAGACGGCAUCAAGGUCAAGCUUCAGAUUUGGGACACAGCAGGGCAAGAGCGCUUUCGUAGCGUCACACACGCCUAUUAUCGAGAUGCACAUGCUCUUUUACUACUGUACGACGUAACCAACAAGACUAGCUUUGACAAUAUUCGAGCCUGGCUUGGUGAGAUCCGGGAGUAUGCACAAGACGACGUAGUCAUCAUGCUGCUAGGAAACAAGUCAGACAGCGGGCUAGAGCGGGCGGUGAGGCGGGAGGAGGGGCAGCGCUUGGCGAGAGAGUACCAAGUCGCAUUUAUGGAGACCUCGGCGAAAACCGGCCUCAACGUUGAAGCCGCUUUUGCCCACGUAGCGCGCGCUCUCGUCGCGAAAGCGAAUCCCGCCGACCCCUCGAGGCUAGCGGUGCGCGCGCAGCCGACACAGGAGCACCGCUCCUCGUGUCCGCCAUGUUCGUAGAUUCCGCGCCAACUUUCAAUACUCGAACGUGUUCGUGGACCAAAGGUUAUGCUCAUGCUCAUGGCAAUUUUAAUACUUGUCGGGGAUUUAAAUGUAAAACGUUUUUUAUCACAGAUGCUAUUCACCACGGCUAUAAUUAUUAUUGUAGUUUGUUUGAUAAUUUAAAAUUAGGACAUCAAUUUUUCCACCAUCAUGUAUCGACCAAUGGAAAAAGAAGUUGGUGCCUGCCUUGAAAUUGAGGCGAAACUCAUUAAAAUUCAAUAAUCUUGACCUGAUGCUACAGUCAGGAACACCAGUGAACUGUGUUAGUGUGAACGACAAAAUAUAGCCAUUUCGUGUUUGAGUUGGUUUAUGGGUUUAGCUGAGUUGGUUUAUUAUAUUUACUUGAAUGUGACAAGUCAUUUCACCUUGAUAUUAUGAUGUUACAGAUUGUUCAGCACAUGGCGAGUCCAAUGUACCUAUAUGUAUCAUAUAAAAAAAGUUUUACAUUUGAAGCGGAUAAAUUAUACUGCUUAUUUGUAUGAAGAUAUCAAAAAUGAACUAUGAUUGUGUACAGCACAAAAGAUAAUUCAUAUACAAGGCUGAAAAAAAUAGCACAAUAUUUGGAAAUCCUUUGAAAACAUUGACUUAUACUUCCUAUAUUAUACCUAUUUUAUGCUAUUGCCAAAGUUGUACUUUUUUAUUAUCUCUAGUAGUUAAGCUAACCUUUUAGUAUCAAUUAUUUCUCUCGUAACUUUCAUUAAAAUGACUUCAGGCCCUCCAGAACUUUCUAGUUCAAUUGACCAGUCCCGUAACGGACUUUUAUUUUUGUAAUGCAAUGCGUAAAUUAAAAAAUCGUCUAGAUAUACUGUAUUGCAACUAAAAAGACUUCACUGAACGCACUCAACAGGGACACAGAGACACACACUGGCCACUGAAUGAUAGAUACCGAGCUCAUUUGACAUUGUUUGGUUCUAUAUUG